CGACGAUCUGCUUGCAUAGCGUGAUUCGCAACGGCCUGCAUACAAUAGACGACGCUAUAUAAUGACCGAUUUUGCCGUCGCUAUGAAUUCAAUGACCGAUCGAUCGCAAGCGGCCGGUGAAGGGGAAAUAUGCUCCGGCGGCGGUGCGUUUCGUAAAUGGGUGUCGUUGACGAGCGACAGUGAUCAGUUCGACAUCGACGGUGACCGAGUGAGCUGUCGGUACGCCAUCGCGGAUUUCAUGGCUACCUUCCGCGGAGACGCCGUGGUCGUCGAGCCGGCCGCAUUCCGUUUCGCGUCGCAGAUGGUCGCGCACGCCAUCGUCGACCCCGCGGGUGAUCGCUGCUCGUCCGGCGGCCGCAUCCAGAUCGCCGUCCGCCGACAGUCCGUCCGGUGCGCCAGGCCUUACCUGUUCGCGUAUGUCGACGGCCGCCACUACGAAGUGAUGGGCGUAAGCGAACCGUUCACGUUCACGCACCGUGACGGACAGUGUGACUGCGGUACCGGCGGCGGCGGCGGUGGCGGCGACAGCUGCAGUAGCGCAACAACGAAAUUGCCAACGACCAUCUCGAAUCGUCCGACCGAUGGGACAACGGGCGAUUUCGUUUCCUCCGGGACAGAAGAAAAGGGUCGAUACAAGGCACUUCAGUGCUCGGCGUGCCAAGUUCCGUCCAACCAUCGAGAAGUGUUGGAAAACUUGAUGAAAAAUAUCAGUUAUUCGUCCGAUGUCGACAACACUACCGAUAGCGAACACGUCAAGAAAAUUGAAUGCUUGAAAAACUGUAAGUUGACAUUGGAAUACCAAUAUUUUAAAAUUAAUAUGUUAACUGAAGAAACCGAAGAUUGUCAGCGAUUCGUAAAUGGUCUGGUAUCUAGUCUAUUGAAAAACCACAAAGCCACUCUCAGGGUAGGCAACAACAUGAUUUGCGUGAAAAGACAAAAAAGUUCCGCCAACGAGCAUUUUAUGCAAUCAAUAAUUAAUUUUCAAAAAGAAACAAUUUCGAAUUUAUCAACCACACACAAAAAAAUAUUAGUAUUGAUAAACAUAACGCAAUUGUUUUACAAAGUUUAGCAAAUAUUUACACAUUAAAAAAUGUGUUAGAAUUAUCAUUGCUGAUGUCAGGUUAAAAUUUUUAAACAUUUUCCUAAUAAUAAUUGAUAAAUAAUUUUAGCCUUGAAUAAUGGAAUUACAAAAGGAUACUCAAAAAUUAUUUAUUUUGUUACUAUAUAUAAAUCCUCUUAUGAAUUA